AUAAAUAAUUGCUGUUAAUUGAAUUUGUGAUUAUAUUCAUUGAAUGAGCCCAGGACGCGGGGGUGCGGGCGGCGGCCCCUCCCCCAUGGAAACAGAUGCCGCCAAAACUACAACAAAAAGGAGAAAUAAAGAUGUUUCCGAUACAGAAGUCACAUCAUGUAAGCAAAAAAUGACAUACAUACAAAGUCGUCGCGGUCUCUUCAAAGACCACAAUCCCAUAUAUGAAGAUUUGACUAAAAGAGAGUACCCCGUACUGCUACAAUCUGCUUCUAAUGAACUGGCUCAUAAAGUCCCCAUGGACAUCCUCAAAGUUAAUGGAAUAUUAAAAGAGAUUACUGGGGUGCAAUAUGUAAAGGCGGCGGGUAACUUUUUUGUCAAAGUUUAUUUCGGAUGUGCCAAAGAUGCAAAUGCAUUUUUGCUAAACAAACCAGUUCUACAAGCAAAUACUUGGAAGGCAACAAUCCCAUAUGACAGCAUAGAGUGCCAAGGAAUUAUUCGUGCUCCUGUGGAUCUAAGUGAAGAGACAUUGCUCGAGGACUUGAAAGCGAGUUGUAUGAUUCUUGGUGUAAAGCGCUUUACGAAAAAACAGGACAAUGGGCAAUACAAACCACUCCCAACUGUCCUGGUUACAUUUAUGACCUCGUCUAGACCCGACCAUGUAAUCUACGAUCAUAUCUGGAUGCCUGUUCAGGAAUACAUCAGACCCUUGCUACAGUGCUUCAGGUGUUAUAAGUUCGGACAUGGCAGCGGAGCUUGUAAAAGCACUCAAGUAUGUUCCAUUUGUUCGGCGGGACAUUUUUACAAGGAAUGUACCACACCAGCAGACUUCAAGUGCUCAAACUGUAGUGGACCCCAUUCGGCAGUUUCUUAUACCUGUCCAGUUAAGGCAGAAAAAAAUGCACAAAUUAAGAACAAGAUAAAUGGCAAAUUCUCUUAUGCAACUGCAGCUGCAGUAGCUGUAGCACCUAAUAGCAGUAAUAAUCUAAAUAGUAAGAUUCCAAAAACUCCUGCUAAAACACCUCACGGACGUGCUAUGAUUGCUGACAUUAUUAAUUCUGAUAUUGUUCUUAAUGCAAUCACCAAAACAAUUUUAGAAUUAAUGAAGAAAAAAGAAGUCAAAAAUUCUUCCUCCGGUCCUAUGCCAAUAUCCUCCCAAAUGAUUAAAGAGGUGCUUGUAACAAGUUUUACUACUUAAACUAUGGACAGGUUGGGUAUCAAACAAUUAAAAAUACUUCAUUGGAACUCCAGAAGUCUAUUUCCAAAACUGGGUCAACUUGUACAUUUUUUGCAUGGCUGUGACGAGAGUGUUGACAUCAUACUAUUUAAUGAAACUUGGUUGACCCCGAGCAAAAUUAUUAAAUUGCCCGGGUUUACUGUAAUUAGAAGAGACUCUAACCAUCCGCAUGGUGGUGUUGCAAUUGCAAUUCGUUCCAAAUACAAGUUCAAUAUUGUCAACACUUUAUCACAGUACCAUUUUCAAAAUAUAUUAAUUAAUAUUAACAUUAAUAAUUUUUCUCUAGAUAUGUUAUGUGUAUAUGCUCC